AUGGCUUGUACCCCUUUUUUGACUGGGGAAACACUCCUUGAACUUUCCAAUUUUUUCUCUUCCUUUUUUGGUUGUUCGGAAGUUCCAGCAGGUUUUCUUGGGGGUGGGGUAGGUGCAGGUUUCUUUGGAAUUUCUUUUUCUGUUUUUGUCCCAAUUUUUGUUGUUGAUUCCACUGGUUUUGGUUUUUCUGGGGUGCUUGUAGUUGAUUUUUUGGUUGUUAAUGGUGUUGGGGGUUUGGAGGGUGUUUUUGUUGAUUUUGCUUCCUCUUUCAGUUUCUGUCCUGUAGCUGGUUUUGGUGGAGGUAUUGGGGUCUUUUUGGAGGAUCCUUUAUCUUCAUUUUUGGUCAUCUUCACAUUUUCUUCCCCCUUCUUAGUUUCAGUUUUUGCUUUUUUAGUCAAAUCCUCUGCUUUAUCUUUCUUCUCUUCCACCUUUUUCUUAUCUUCAACCUUUUUUAUUUCUUCUUUUUUCUUCUCAUCUUUCUUCACCUCUUCCUUUUUUGGUUCACUUUUUGAUUUUUUAGUCAAAUCUUCCAGUUUCUUCUUCUCUUCUGCUUUCUUUUCUUCAACUUUUUUCUCUUCCGCUUUCUUCAUCCCUUCUGCUUUCUUCUUUGUUUCUUCCAUUUUCUUCCUCUCUUCUGUUUUUUUCUUCUCUUCCGCUUUCUUUUUCUCCUCCAUUUUCUUCUUCUCUUCCGUUUUCUUCUCUUCUUCUUUUUUCUUCUCUUCCAAUUGUUUUUUCUCUUCCAUUUUCUUCCUCUCUUCUUCCUUUUCCUUCUUCUCUUCCCUUUUCUUCACUUCUUUAUCUCCCUUCUCUUCCUUCUCUUCCAAUUUUGCCUUCUUUUCAUCCUUAACUUCAUCCUCAUCCCAUUCUUCCCCACUAUCAGUUACAUAUUCAUAUGUCCAUUCCUCAUCUUCAUCAUACUCUUCAUCAUCUUCUUCCGUUUGGAGUACAUUAGGCAUUGAAAGUCUCUGCAUUUUUCUCAAUCAAAAAAAUUUUUUUGAGUCAAACUUGAUCUUUAAAAAAAUAAAAAGAAGGAAAACCACACUUUUUUAGUUCAAAUAUUUUUUUGAUACAACGAAGAAUGAUUUUUUUUCGUCUUUUAAAUUGUUCUCUUAUUUUUACCCUUUAUAAAAAAAAUUUUUUUUAAUUGACAGCCGCUCUUCUUGAUUAAGAGUUUAUAUCCAAAAAUCCAUGUUUUUUUUUCUUUCUCGUAACGUUUUUAUUUUGAUCACAUGCUUGAUUGAUCCUUUUAUCUCUUUUUUAGUAUAGUUUUUGAGGGAACAACAAAAAAGGGAGAGAUAUUUUUAAUGCCCUUUGAAUUUUUAUAAGGCCUUUUUGAGGGAUUUUCUCAAAUUUAUUUUUUUUAUUCCAAAUUAAAUUUAGAAGAAGCACAAUCUUCAGCAUUUGGUUCAGGAUGUAUCCAAGGGAGACGUUAAUUUAUCAUUGAGAAGGAAAAGUGGAUGAGCUCGGAAAAAAUCGAGAUUAGCGGUGGCCGAUGCUGAGGAGAAUAAGGAUGAUGAUUUCAAGGUUGUUUUAAAAGAUGUUUUUUGGUAAUCCUGCAGAAUCCGGGAGACACCUGAAAAACGCCUUAA